UGAAUAUUCUAUGAACCCGGAAGUGGGGCGUUACUGCUGCUUUGCUGUCGAGUCACCUCUGUCAGGAUGGAGGAAAACGAACUGCUAUCAUGCUGAUUAACGAAGGAUCCCGACUACCGAGCAUCACAAACCGACAUAGUUAGACUAAUCUUAACAUUUACCCCUAAACCGCUGCAUCGUUUCUCUGACGCUUUGCCAAAAUGAUGGAAGAAAUCGACAGGUUCCAAGUGCCUCCAGUCAACGGGGAGACCCAGCCUUUGGACCCAGCAGCGUCUUCCACCUCAGAGGCAGAGCCUGACACUAAGGGAGAGAGUGUGGCCAUGAACUACAAGCCUUCGCCACUGCAGGUCCAAAUAGAGAAACAGAGGGACCUCGCGAGGAAGGGAUCGGUGAAGAAUGGCACCGUGGGAAGUCCCGUCAAUCAGCAGCCCAAGAAGAAUGCCAGGACAAGGCUGGUGGUGCCGAACAAAGGCUACUCAUCCUUAGACCAGAGCCCGGACGAGAAGCCUCUGGUAGCACUGGACACUGACAGCGAUGAUGACUUCGACAUGUCCAGAUACUCCUCAUCAGGAUACUCCUCAGCCGAGGUGAGAUGUCUGAGGGACCAGCAGAUCAACCAGGACCUGAACAUCCAGCUCCUGAAAGACGGCUACCGUCUCGACGAGAUCCCCGACGACGAGGACCUGGAUCUGAUCCCCCCGAAAGCAGUCAACCCCACCUGCAUGUGCUGCCAGGCGGCUCCCUCCACGUCCUGUCAAAUCCAGUAGCACCCUUCCCCACUGCUCCCCCUUCUCACUCCCACCCCUCAAACCUCAUGCCUGCCACCUGCACCGAGAGGCCGACUACUGACCAGAGCGGCGGCAAGGAAGGAAAAACUGUUGGCUGGCAAAAACACAAAAGGGAAAAAAAACAAGGGUUUAUUUAAAUAUUAAAAAAAAACAAAAAAAAAAAACACAAAGCGAGAGAUUUGAGUAUGUGUGCAUGUUCCUCCUAUGGCAGGAUCUGUGCAUCUUACUUCUGCAUUGUUGGUUCAGCAGGGACUCGACUGAUGGCAGAAACAUUACCUCUAAGGAAAACAUGUUAACUUUCGCUUCUCUUUCGUUUAACUGCUUGUGGAUUUUUCCGGUUUGCGGGGGCCACGGAGGACUGCGCGGCAUCGGUGGAAGACGAGAUACAACCGAGGGGAGCUCAGUGGCGGUGUGUCGCUACAUGCGUCUGCGCGCCGCCCAAAGAGCGGACUCCUUCCACCUACGCGAUCACGCGGCGGUCGUGUGAAACGGAGAGGGCGAGAUCGCCAGUUUCGCGGUGGCCAUUGUUUUUCCUCUCUCCUUUCUCAUUUCUGCUCUGUCUUCCUGUGUAUAUACGUGUCAAACAUGAAACGAGUGUGUCUGACUUUGCCCAGGAAUAGUGCUAAACCAUUGAGCUGCUGAUAAAACGCUUACACACUCAACACUAAGGUAGUAAUCCAGCCAUUUUUUUUCUUUUUUUUUUUUGUUACGCUGAGAUUGCACUGCUUUGUUCUUUUACAUUCAGUUAAAAGAAGCUAAAAAAAAAAUGCAUGUUGCCUGUUAACACUGUGUCCUGAUACCUCCCCUUCCCCACCUUCCCUCCUCCUGCCUGUGCAGAUAAUUUAUCACCCCUGACCACGUCCUUGUCCCGCGGAGACGUUUGCGUGCUUUUGAAAUCAUGAAGCUCGUCGUAUUUAGGUACACCUACUUUAAUAUCAGAUGUUGAAACCACGCCAUUGUAAAAACGGCUGAACUGAGCUCAUGAGUUAGUGUGUGCUUUGUGCGUGUGUGUGUUUGUCCACGUUAGCCCCCCCGACUGACCGUGAGUGGACGCUCACGGUGUUCACGAGGGCAGUCGCCACCAGCGAAGGUUACGGCGUAGCUCGUGCGCUUGAGGGACUGAAUAGGAUGGAUAGAAGGCUGAGAAAUCUCUGAGAUACAGCGGCAGUUGUGCAGUCGCGCUCAUGCAUUUGGUUAAACCGCCUUAACAACAAUGUCUACGGUGAUGUGAUUGCAUAUUGCUUGGAAGAUUUCUUUUCGUUUUGCUUUCACGUGCGCACAUUCCUCUUUGGGUUGCGACUGGUUCGUCUGAUUUUUUUUUUCGGGGCAACAGCGUGGCGUACAUGUAGCACCAGACGCAGCUUUGCAUUGUCACUCCUGCCAUUCAGUGUUUGCCAUAGAGUUACGUAGGAAGUAGUUUAGAAGUACUGAAUGUAAACGGUUUAUUUUUCCACAUUUGUUUGUGUUUACAUUUCUGCGAAGACGUCGGCAGAGCCCUGCGGCAUAUUCACUGUUUUCCUAGCAGGCAGCGACGGGUGAAUCUGCUCUCAGAGAAACGACGGCGGAAGUUUCAUCCGGGGUCGACAGAAGUUUUCACUUUCAUAAGGAAGGAUGCUGUAUCUGGCAGUUUAACUGCAGACGUAAACGAGCGUACGCUGUGGUGUAAUUAAGUAAUUAGCUCAUACUCUGAAUAUUCUGUUGACUGGUGUUGAAGGGAUUUGAAAUGCUGUGUGCAUCUACAGCGAACAAUCUCCUUCCGAGUAAGUUUUUAGUGUCUGUAUUAUUUGGGGAAACGUCUGUUAUUGUUGAUCUUUAGAUUUGGAAGGUUUUAUAGAGCGUAGCGGACACUACAACAAAAGUAAUUGUAUGAAAUCAGAAUGGGGAUGAUCUUUCAUUAAGUUUUUUACUUCUCUCUUUCUUUCCUUCUUCCUUCAUACAGUCAAAUAUAGUAAUGAAUGGUGCUUUAUUGAUGGCGCUAAAGUAACUAAAGUCCACUUGGAUGGAGAAAACUCCGUUUCCAUAUCAUUUCAUAUUUUCCUGGAUCGUGUAAACCGUCCAGACAUAUCUGUGACCCAGUGCCACGAUAAUGUCUCCGUCCUUAUAGCUAAUCAUAACCCCGACCCGGAGUCAGAAGUCUUAGCACAUUAGAACACAUAUUUACAUAUUUCUUUUGCGUAACGGUGCCAUGUAGGUAGACACUAGAAUAAACACAGCACAGUAGGUCUUUUAAUAUGUCACAGACGCAGCUAUAAGUUGACAUGACUGUCGGAUCAUUAGCUGUUUUACCUAAACACUGAGACUAACCGUGUGACUGACUGUGGCGCUUUAUUUUUAUUUUAUUUUAUUUUUUAUUUUUUUUUAACAUCAUUCAGAAGGAUUCGCGCACAAGUCGUUAUAUGGUUGUCUUCUGCUGAGUGCAAUACUUGUGGCUAAUGUUGUAUAAACUGGGGCGUAGCUUCACUGACUUCUUGAGUUUAGAGUAAUUCGUCGUGACAGAAGCUAUUUAUUUUGCAGCUGUGUGUUUUUCAUUUAUUUCCACGUGCGGGGGGAAAUGACUCGCACACAGACAGACGCUUCUUAAUUUGGCAGAUGCUUGUUAUGACGAUUGUGAACUGGUUCCAUUUAGAUUUUAACUGUUAAAAGUUCUGUGUAUAGUGCAACAUAUCAACAAAAAAAAAUCUGAAUAAAUAUUGGAUAUGUCAAGUUCAAA